AUGGCAAACUUCGAAAAAUUAUUGUUGGAUGUUGGCCCGAAGGGUCUAGCUCUUAUAGCCGGCACUGUGGCUACUGGCCUUGGCAUAAAAGAAUCACUUUUUUCUGUUGACGCUGGACACAGAGCAAUAAUGUUCAACCGAGUUGGUGGUAUUGGUGACGCUGUCUAUAAAGAAGGACUGCACUUCCGAGUACCGUGGUUCCAGUAUCCAAUUAUAUAUGAUAUUCGUGCUCGUCCCAACCAAAUUCGUUCACCAACUGGAAGCAAGGAUUUGCAGAUGGUGAAUAUCGGUCUGCGUGUUCUUUCACGUCCCGACCCGUCCUCAUUACCAAAAAUAUAUCGCAUGUUGGGGCAGAAUUGGGAAGAAAGAAUUUUACCUUCAAUUUGCAAUGAGGUACUCAAAAGUGUUGUAGCGAAAUUUAACGCUUCACAGCUGAUAACACAACGGCAGCAAGUUUCUUUACUUGUUCGUAAGGGUCUGAUUGAGAGAGCACUGGAUUUCAACAUUAUUUUGGAUGAUGUGGCAAUUACCGAAUUGGCUUUUUCGCCACAGUACUCUGCAGCUGUAGAAGCGAAACAAGUUGCUGCUCAAGAAGCUCAACGUGCAUCAUUUUUGGUUGAAAGAGCGAAACAGCAGAGACAGGAAAAAAUCGUCCAGGCUGAGGGUGAAGCUCAAUCUGCUAAACUUAUAGGCGAAGCAAUUAGACGAGAUCCGGGUUUCUUAAAGUUGCGUAAAAUUCGUGCUGCUCAGAAAAUUUCGAAAAUUAUAUCAGAAACAGCAAACAACAGAGUUUAUCUACCAUCCGGUGGUCUCAUGCUAAAUAUUGCCGAUGAAGACUACCUGAAUGUUGAUAGUAAAGAAAGGCUGAAGCGGUAA